AUUCUCUAGUUUAACUUAACAAAAAUGGCUACCAGUAAUUACAGCAGUACAUACAGUGGCGAGGUACCUAAUGAUUACAGUGACGAGGAAAUAGCAGUACCAUCUACUGAUUACAGUGACGAGGAAAUAGCAGUACCAUCUACUGGUUACAGUGACGAGGAAAUAGCAGUACCAUCUACUGGUUACAGUGACGAGGAAAUAGCAGUACCAUCUACUGGUUACAGUGACGAGGAAAUAGCAGUACCAUCUACUGAUUACAGUGACGAGGAAAUAGCAGUACCAUCUACUGAUUACAGUGACGAGGAAAUAGCAGUACCAUCUACUGGUUACUGUGAGGACAUAGCAGUACCAUCUACUAGUUACAGUGACGAGGAAAUAGCAGUACCAUCUACUGAUUGCAGUGACGAGGAAAUAGCAGUACCAUCUACUGAUUACAGUGACGAGGACAUAGCAGUACCAUCUACUAGUUACAGUGACGAGGAAACAGCAGUACCCAAGGAAAUAGCAGUACCAUCUACUGGUUACUGCGAGGAAAUAGCAGUACCAUCUACUAGUUACAGUGACGAGGAAACAGCAGUAUCCGAGGAAAUAGCAGUACCAUCUACUGGUUACUUAGAGUAUGGCUACAUUUUUGUACAUCCUCUACCAGAGAAGUACAUUUGUGGAAUAUGUAAGAACAUAUUAUCGCAACCUCGUGUCACAGAAUGUUGCGGUCAACAUUUCUGCGAAGAUUGCCUCAAGAAAUCUGCUUCACAGAAUACUAUACAACAUUGGUCAACCCAGAGUCGUUUACGCCUGAAUCGACAUUCUACACAUCAUAGACAAUAUGUGAAACCCCAAACUUCGACUUGUCCUCAUUGCAGGCAAAAUAAUUUCAACCAUAUCAGGUAUUUGCCCUUCAAGCGAGAAAUCGACAGUAUGAAAGUUCAUUGCCCUCGAAAGUCUAGUGGCUGCAACGUGCACGUGGCUUAUGGUAAUAGAGAGGACCAUGACAAAACAUGUGGCUACAUACGAGUUGUUUGUACUAACAAGUGUGGCAAAACUGUCUUCAAGAAAGACUUACAAUCUCACACUCGAAAUAACUGUACAUUGAGGAGAGUUACAUGUAAAGCUUGUGGCAAGAUCGGAACAUACAAAGACAUCGAAAGCUUGGGACACAACUCUGUCUGUCCGGAAGUUUGGGUAAAGUGCGGUAAUUCUUGCGGAGCACGGUUUAAGCGCAAAGCAACCAGGUCUCAUGAUUUAGUUUGCCUAGAAGCGACGGUGAACUGUCAAUUUGCUGAAGCAGGUUGUACUGUCAAGCCAAAGCGUAAAGACCUCGAGAGCCACUUGGAUGCUAACAUGAAGCAACAUCUAUCUCAACUAAUGACAGCACACGUGAAAAUAAAGCAAGAAUUUCAAGCUUUUAAAGAAAGCCAUGAAGAGAAAGAUCACCCUUUCAGUACUGCUCCUUUGAAAAUGCGUGGUUGGCAUUAAUAUCUCCCAGCAGAUUUGAUCUGAUACUCAUUGAAUAAACUAGUAGAGCAUGCAGUUUGUGGGUAGUGAAAAGUGUGUAAAUUGUACUUUGUCAAUAGGUGUGAUAUGAAACAA